AUGCAAUAGCAUCCUCAAGAAAUAGUUGAUAUGUUUAAUGAAUUUAAAUCUGCUUAAACAAAUUUAUUGAAUGUGAAAGAGUUUUUGUAAUUAUUAUAAGAAGCUGGAUUGGAAAAAAACUGCUAAAUGUUAACAAAGAAAUUGAAUAUGAAAAAAAAUGAAAAUUUGAAUUUAAUUCAAUUUGCGUAAUGCUUUAAUUUUGAUCCUGAUGUUUAUGAAAAUUUUGAGAUGUUAUUUUAAAUAAUUGAUUCAAGUAAUUCAAAAAAGAUUAGCAAAUAGGAAUUAAAAAAAUAAUGUGAGAUACUGGGUAUAUAUGAUGUAAAUAUGAAUAGGAAUGUAAUUCAAUGAUAAGGAUAUUGAUAUUAUGAUUAAUUAAAUCGGAAGUGAUGAAUAAGGAGUAGUUUCAAGAGAUAAAUUAUGGAGUAUGUUGCAACAAUAUAAAAAUUAUGAAAUCCAAUAGUGA